AUGGACAUUUCUACUCCUGUGGUUGUCAGUCAAGAUGCACAUCCUGAUAUCGUCAAAGCUCAUGGUGCACUGAUGCUGAUUGCGUGGAUGACCACGGGAACAUUGGGAAUGAUGGUUGCCCGAUAUCUGAAAAAAAUGGCCAAAGAACCGAAAAUGUGCAACAAAGAUCUCUGGUUUGUGGUCCAUGUUGGGGUAAUGUGUCUGACAGUAGCUGCCACAAUCAUUGCUUUCAUCCUCGCUUUCUCGCAUGCUAAGAACUGGUCUGGGGGAGCACAUCCGGUGUUGGGCUGCCUGGUGAUGAUCCUUUCCUUCUUCCAGCCUAUUGGGGCUUUGCUCCGCUGUGGACCACAACAUCACCUGCGGUAUCUGUUCAACUCAUCACAUUUUUUGAAUGCAGUGAUAAUAAAAUCUUUAGCCGUGGCAGCCAUAUUUACAGGUCUGGGCAGGAUUGACAGCAGUGAUGGAUGGCUAAUGAAAGUGAUGGGUGGCUUUCUUGCCUGGGAAGCUCUCUUCAUUAUCAUGUUGGAAAUUCAUGAUUCGAAGUUUAAGCAUACAGAUAGCACUGUAGAUCUGGAAUCUGCAAUAGUAAACGUUGAUGGCCUGCUGAUCGGUCUGUUCUUUCUGGGAAACCUUUGCUUUUUGGUGGCACUUUUAGUUGGAAUUGGGGAGAGAUAA